AUGUCCUCCCCCUCCGACCCCUACAAGCUCGUCACCGUCAACACGGCUCCCGACCGCGCCAAACGUCUCAUCGGCCGUGUUGUCGAAGACGUCAAGGACAAGUACACCAUCAUUCAUGCCGGCAACGCCGCUUCAAUCGAAGAAGUCAAAUCUGUAGUCGAAGAACACCAACCCAACGUUCUGUUCACGGCAUCAAUGUGGACUCCCGAAGAAGCUCAGCAGAUCAUUGCUAUUGCCAAGGGGGUGGUCGGCGAGGACCUCAAGACUUUCUCGCUGCCGCAGGGGUUGCAGGUGAAUAAGGGACCGGAUGCGGUGGUGGAGUAUAUUAAGGAGAAUUUACCUUCUUUGUUGGGUUAA